CGGGAGGCUGCCUCUGGCCGGGGCUCAGCGGGCGGCUUUCUGGGAGAGCCUUUUCUGAUCCAAGCUGGUGUUCAGCUGUCUGUCUGAGGGCAGACUCCACUCGGCGACGGACGGACGGAUGGACAGCAGCAGAAUGGCACUCUGGGGAGCCUGCCUGCUCCUCUGCCUCCUCUCCCUCGCCCAGGUCUCCGGCCAGGAAAACAACAAAUUCCGGCCAAAACCAGCAGCUUCCAAGAAAGAUAGUGUGAGCCUUAAAAUGAUUGAAGACCUGAAGGCCAUGAUUGACAACAUCUCUCAAGAGGUUGCCCUACUGAAGGAAAAGCAAGCACUCCAGACAGUUUGCCUGAAAGGCACCAAAAUUCACCUAAAAUGCUUCCUUGCGUUUUCGGAGAUCAAGACGUACCACGAGGCCAGUGAAAACUGCAUCUUGCAGGGGGGCACGCUCAGCACCCCCCAGAAUGGGGAGGAGAACGACGCCCUCUACGACUACAUGCGCAAGAGCAUUGGCUCUGAGGUGGAGAUCUGGCUGGGCCUCAACGACAUGGCAGCAGAGGGCAAGUGGGUCGACAUGACGGGCGGCUCCAUCCGCUACAAGAACUGGGAGACUGAAAUCACCACCCAGCCUGAUGGCGGCAAGCUGGAAAACUGUGCGGCCUUGUCGGGGGCCGCGGUGGGCAAGUGGUUCGACAAGAAGUGCAAAGAGCGGCUGCCCUACAUCUGCCAGUUCAUGAUCGUGUAGUGGCGGGGGCCUCCCCCUGCCCAUCCACCCGCCACCUGGGUCUUACCCCUUGGCAGCAGGAUUAUAAAGCUAUAGGUAUGUGUAUGUGUACAUGUACAUAUGCAAGCACGCGCGCGCACGUUCCACUAGAGUCACUCUGCAAAGAAAGUCGUCACAGCUCCGUAUUGGGUUAGAGAGCGUUAGAGCUUUUCGUUUGGCCACAUCCAGCCCUGUUAGCAGCUGCAUUGUUCUUACUAAGGCGUGAUUUAUAGAUAUAUUUUUUUACACAGGGAAUUUUAUUAGGACAGCUCAGUUGUUUUGGCAAAGACACAGUGCCUCAGUCCAGCCUGGCAAACAGCCACCUCGGCUGCCCGGGGCUGUCGCUCUGCAAUGUCCUUUCCCACCUCACUGAGCUUCGUUGGGAUACCAGCAAAGCUAGUUCCCACUUUCUUCUCCUGUUUUGCUUCCUGUAAGCCCUGGCAGCGAGGCACACAGGAUCAAGAUCCUCAUCCCUCACAGCACCCUAAUUCAGGCUCCUGGGGAUCGAGGUCCUGUCUCAAAAAGUAGAGAGAAUUUGUAAUUUUUUUCUGAGAAAAGGGUUAAAGAAAAAAAAAAUAAACAACAAAGGUGGGAAAGAAAUGCAGGUCACACCAACAGUUUAAUGAAGCCCUGCUGAUGCUGAUUUGCUGGCUGUUGGCGUAAAGGUAUCAGCAGUUCUUUGCAGCUCAGUGCUUGAUAAUAACUCCUCCAGUUUGAGUCAUGUCUCCUGCGCUGCCAGGUUGGGAAUGUCGAGAUGUGACACUCAUGGGGAACCCAUGCGAGAGGUAUUUCAAUGUGCUGCUUUGUUUAAAAAGAGCACGAUGAUGGGUAUUCCAAGACACUGAGUGGAAGAGUCAAGCUGGAGGGAUUGAAACACACACAAACAAAUGCAGAGUGCACAUUCCCGAGGCUGUCACUAUUGUCAAACUCUCUGCUGUUCAAAUGACUAUAAAAUAAAUAUAUAUAUAGCUUGCUGAA